GAACUACAACAGGCGCUCCUUGCACAGAAAACUACGUGCAACAACUGGACCGAAACCUCUCGGCCUUUCUUUUCCUUGCACGGCUCGUCGCGGCGGAUUCCCGGGCUAUGGAGGCAACUAAGCGACCCCUGCUGCUUCUCCUCGCACUUCUCCUGUGCUCUCACCUCUGCGCCGCGCUUCAAGGUGCCGAGAAUACUAGUCAACAACGGAGCAACCACCGGCACCGCCACCGCGGUCAUCACGGAGAGACCAAGGCGCGCUCCUAUUCUCUGAGUCGCGAUGCAGUCGCGCGUGACAACAUUGGCUGGCUCGGUGAUAGAGCAUUUAUCCCAGGUCAUGAGGCCAUCCGCUAUAGUGCCACUGCCAAGAAUCAGAGAGCUCGCUUAGCGAACGCUGCCGCAGCAUCCGCCGCAGCAUCCGCCGUAGCAUCCGCUGAUGCCGCAACCGGCGCGCGUGCAGAUAAUACUGGUGUUACGAUGUCCAACUUUCCGCAAGUGGCGGUGAAGGGAGCGGGCCCGGGUGCGGCGGAGGGGGGCGAGGCGGAAGCGGAAGCGGAUUUAUCGGCGCAGGACACGGAGAGGCUGGGGCGGCUGCUGCGGUACUGGGGCGGGCGGAUGAUGGCGGAACCUGACGCGCUGAACGUGUACGUGGUGUGGUACGGCGACUGGUCGCACGCGCAGAUGAGCAUCGUGCGACGCUUCAUGGCGUCGCUCGAAGCGUACGACGGUGGUGGGUACACCAGCCGCGGUAGCAGCAACAGUGGCAGCAGCGACAGCGGGAGCGGGGAAGGGAGCAGCAGCAGUGGCAGCGACAGUAGCAGCAGCAGCAUGGGGGCAGUGGAAUCGCCCACUGGUAGCGGCAACAGCGGGAAUGGCGGAAACAGCGGAGAUGGCGGAAAUGGCGGAAACAGCACGAGCAGUGGUAACGGCAGAGCCAGUGAGAGACAGGAGGUUGACAUCGGCCAGGGAAGCAGCAGCACUCGGAGCAAUGCUAGUAGUGGUCACAGAGACAGCGGCGUUGGCGGCAAUAGACACAGGGGUAGGGGGGGUGCAGCAAAUAAUGCUGCAGAUACCAAGUCUCUCGAGCCCACUGUUGCGGGAUGGUGGGACAUUACCGUGCGAUACUAUUCUGACGUUGCCGGGCGACGCGCCGCGUCGAGGCUGCGACUGGCGGGCGAAAUCGUGGACAGCUACUCGCUGUCACCGCUCGGGUCGAUUCUGAGCCCCUUGUCGCACGAGGAUGUGCGACAGAUCCUGCGACGGGCGCUGGAUGCGAGUCACAAAGAGCAUCUCCCGCUAGACCCCAGCGCGGCGUAUGUGAUUCUAACGAGCGGGGACGUUCACGUGACGGACUUCUGCAAGGGUUUCUGCGCGUAUCACACGAGCGCGACUAUUGUAGACGGUGGACCCAAGCUCGCGUACGCGUUUGUAGGCGAUUCGACAAAACAGUGCCCAUUCAACUGUACGUACAGGUACUACGACGAGGGAUUUGUUGGAAGCAACGGGGACCUGGCUGCGGAUUCGGUAGUGGAUAAACUCGCGCAUGAGCUGACAGAGCUUGUAACGAAUCCGUUUCAAGGGGGGGAUUCCACGGCUGGGUGGGUGGUGGGGGGAGAGGGCACAGGUGAGGCCAAAUUCCAGCAGAUAGAAAAUGCGGAUCUAUGCGAGUGGAGAUACUCUGCGGUGCAGAGGGACGGAAAUGGGCGGCAGUGGAAUCUGGUGGGCGUGAAUGGGACAAAGUACCUGAUUCAGGACAAUUUCAAUGUGGAGCAGAGACAGUGUGUGCUACAAGGGGGGGUCCGCUGAGAGUGGACAAAGGUUGAGGGAAAUGGUGAGGCUGUGCUAGGCCGGCCGGCUGCCAUGGCACGGUGGUUGGUUGGGUGGUUGCUGUAGUGUAGAUACAUUGUGCGUGUGUGUUAUAUACCUCUAGAGUGUGAUUGCUGUCGGCAGGCAAGGGAGGAAGAGAGGAGGACUCGGGGGUCGGUAAAGGGGCGUGCGCUUGAAAGUUUCAUCUGAAAUGAGUGGGUGUGGGUAUCAGAACUCAGUCACUAACCACUGAGUUGAGGGGUUUGUUAAGUAGCGGGUAAGUGCGCCCAUAACCCCCCAGGCUCUGCACCUGUAACCCUUCCCCGAGGACCAAGGGCAACCCCAGCGUGUAUCUUGGCAGUGGGCUGUGCCCCUUCCCAGCGAUAAUCCAUCCUGCAGCAGUCCCAAUCGCAACCCCACACAGGAACCUCUCUGAAGGUACCACUGCGCAGACUGUCAAGUGCUCUUCACCAUGGGGGUGUCCUGUCAACUUAUACAUAUUAUCUAUGUAGAAGUUAUAGGCUAGACUGAGGU